AGAUGGGACGAAUUCGCGUAAAUACAGGUAUCUUUUAUUCUUGCAUGCCUACGAACUUUUCUUGACUCUCCGAGGGAAACUCGAACCAGAAGCAGCCGAGUCGGUCGAAAAUAGACCGUGCAACGUCUACAAUACAUUUUUACGGCAGAAAGCUCGUGGAAUUGAUGCAGAAGUUGCGCGGCGUGUGGUUGAUGGAGAUUGAAAUGUGACGGCGAAUUGACAGCGAAAACUGAGCGGCACCAUGUCAUUAACGGAUUAACAGCAGAAAUCUGUGCGCGUUCGAUAGAUAUUCUCGUUUGCAAGCUCGUGGCUGCUUGCUUGCUGAACUUGGCGGUGUCUGUUUUUCCUACGAAGAGACGUCUAUAAAAAUUGGAGCUAAAGCGAAAGGUAAAGAAUAGUAGUGGACAAACUGAAAGACCACCACUUUUGAAGGAUAAAAUUCUUCGUACGACAUGAUUUUCUUCUCGAAAGGCAAAGUUGAAAGGAUUCUAAAGAAGGACGUCUUGUGGAAGAGAAAAAUUCUGAAUGCAAAGAGGAUUCCUGUCUCGUCGAAAUCGAAGAGUUCAGAUUGGUGACUGUCCGCGACACCUUGAAGCCCGAGUUGAAUGCGAGUCUUCUCAGAGAGCAGAGUGUCCGAUCUCGUCGGAGCGGAGUCGUGAAAAUUUAACGGGAACCGGCCACGGGAUCUCAUAUCGUCAUCCCGUAGCGCUCUCUACCUGCCGUGUCCAGGAUUAAUUCGCAAUCGCCGUGUCCUGGGCCCCGAGGACCCGUGAGAACCCGACGGUCGACGGGAGGGAACGCGGAGAACGCGUCCAAUCGCCGUUGCGGGAGGUGCGCCUCGGUUCCAUCGUGGUCGCGCGGCGGCCAGAUUUCGGUUUCAAUCCGAGGCAUUCUCUCUCCUCGGCACCGCGUCCUUCCGCGCGAAUCUCCUCGGUGUAACACACAUACAUACGCACACGCAUACAUAUAUAUAGCCGCGGCGAGAGAUCGGACGCGCGCAUUCCGCAGGAGGCGGGUGGUCGCCGCGCUGGAGAUGUAAGAGAUUCCGGAGCGUGGUCCGCGAACGAGCCGCAGAAUGGCCUUCCUGUGCCCCGUACGCAUACGUCGCGGAAAGAAGAAGAAACCCGGAACACACAACUUCAACUUGGAGAAAGACUGCGGCACGGGAGGCUCAGGACUUGGCUUGGGUACCAGAGUGCCAUUACCCCCUGGUCGGAUAACUGGAAGCGCGAGCAUUGAGACUCUCGUGAGGGUCGGCAUUGAAAAGGAGAAUGGACUCUCUCCGGACAGUAAAAUGGUCAUUGUUCAUGACUUUACCCCCUGCGUGGACGAUGAACUUCAAGUCAAAAGGGGCCAGGUAGUGAACGUGCUUUACAGAGAAAACGAUUGGGUGUACGUAAUAGCGGCCGACACGCGUAUGGAAGGCUUCGUGCCGCACUCGUAUUGCGCACCGUACACGUCACAGCUGGCGGAAUUAACGCUGGCCAGUCUGAACAAUGUGAAGAAGAAGCUGCCGCGGUCCAGCGAGAACGACUGCGAUCUUCUCAGCACGGGCCGCCUGCAGGAGACGCAACAGACCGACACCGGAUCGGCCUCGGAUUGCGAGAGCUACGCGCGAAAUAACAUCACCACCGCGGACGUCAAUCGCUCUAACAUGACGCAGUCCCAGAACUCCAUACAGACCAUUUCGUCCCAGCCGGACGUGCAUCCCUUCUUCAAGGAUCCCUCAGCCGGAAGGUACAUCGUUCUUUACACGUUCGUGGCGCGGGACGAGAACGAUGUCAGCGUCGAGCGAGGCGAAUUCGUGACCGUGCUGAACCGCGACGAUCCAGAUUGGUUCUGGGUGCUCCGGCAUUGUGACGGCAACGAGGGUUUCGUGCCGUCCGGUUUCGUCUAUCCUGGCCACGUACUUCAUUCUUACGCGACGGCCACCACGACGGUCACCACUGCCACUACAAAUACAGCGUCCGCAGAGGCUCACAGUCCAGGUUGGCUCUUUAUCGAAUCACCAAAUUGUCUACACGAAUCUCGGGAAAAUUUGCUAGGAUACUUAUGCAAAGGCACGGGGAACAAUAUAACGGGAAACGAGUCAUUGCAGCAGAAAGGAGUGCGAGAUUUCCGGGACGAGACGACCGGCACGGAAUUAGUGGUCCUUUACGAUUACAAGGCGCAGGCGCCGGAUGAUCUGUCGGUGAAGCGGGCCGAUUGGAUAUACGCGGAUCUGGGAAAUCAAACGGUGGAAGGCUGGCUCUGGGCUUACGCGCCCAAGACUCGCAAGUACGGUUUCAUUCCUAAAGCGUACGCGCGGCCCCCCGCUAUGACUAGCCUAUGAUCCGGACUGUUAGAAAAGGAAAGAAACCUUUACCACUUUAAGUAAGUUUGCAAUACCGUCCAUUGUACCGUCCUUUUAUCUAUCGUAUGCCAUCAAGUAUAUAUAUAUGUAAAGAGCGAGGAAAUUAAUAUUUUAUUAUAUAAAUAUCUACGUCCCAUCAGAUUGGUAGUCGGAUGAUGCGAAAUGGGAGGUAAAUUUAGCUUAGGCGAAAAAUGCAGGAAUGUCUUUAAGAAAUAAACGAGAG